AUGACUCAAUUGAUUCAUCAUGUGGGUAUGUUAUUUCCCGAUCUUCAUCAACUCGGCGGUGUUCUGUCUCAUCAGAUUGUCGAUUUCCGUCUCCAGGUCUUUGCUGGUCUCAGGUUGCCCUGCUUCGAUAUGUUGAGCAGCAGCUCAUGGUCCUUGGCUACCCGACAGAAAGAUCGGUCGGGUCUCGAUCAAGUAGUCGAUGUCGUUGUGAGGCGUCGGUAG